CGAAGACCACCCACAUAUGUGUCAACCUAUAAGCUAUUAGAAAAAAUUAUAUUCAAAACACCAAAUUAAAUGUCUAUCUUACAUGAAGCGCCAGGCUACCUGCAGGUCUUCUCCGACGGGACCGUAAAACGUUUCUCGCCAGAGAUUGCCAGCGCAUCACCGGCACAUCCAACGAACGGUUUCAAGUCAAAAGACGUUUUCAUCGGCUCAUCACCGGAACCGAUCACCGGAAGAAUCUACGUGCCAGACGGGGAACAAGAAGCAGCAAGUGAUGAUGAGCUACUUGCUGUGAUUUUCUAUUUCCAUGGCGGCGGAUUUUGCAUCGGAUCUACCUCUUGGCUCGGCUACCAUCAAUUCCUCGGCAGCCUAUCUGUUCGAUCCAAAUCCAUCGUCGUUUCGGUAGACUACCGCCUGGCACCGGAGAAUAGGCUUCCCAUUGCUUACGAUGAUUGUUACUCCGCUUUGGGUUGGGUCCAGGCGAAUCAGAAAGUCGAGCCGUUUCUGGAACGCUCCGACCUUUCGCGCAUUUUCCUCGCCGGCGAUAGCGCAGGUGGAAAUAUUGUACACCAGGUUACUAUACAAUCUCUUAAGGCGGCAAACAAUGGCAUAACAAUCAAAGGGAUUAUGUUAAUACAUCCAUAUUUUGGGAGCGAGAAGCGGACAAAGCUGGAGACGGAGGCGGGUUCAGCUGGGAACGUGGCAAUGAACGACAUGUUCUGGCGGUUGAGCUUGCCGGAGGGAUGUAACCGGGACUUCUACGGCUGCAACUUUGACAACAAUAAUGCUGCAGGUUUAUCAGCGGAUGAGUGGUUGCGCUUUCCGGCAGUGAUCGUAUUCGUCGCCGGAUUAGAUUUCUUGAAAGAGAGGGGAGUGAUGUACGCGGCGUAUCUACGGCGGAAGACGGUUAAGUGGGUGGAGUUGGUUGAGGCGGAGGAGGAAGGGCAUGUCUUCCAUGUGUUCCAUCCAGAUUCUGAGGCAACUCGUUUACUUCAGGAAAAAAUGACCCAAUUUAUGUAUGCCGUUUAGUUGUUUCAUCUACUCAGUAUAAUCUUUUAAAAAAACUUAUCAAUAAUCAAUGAAACCAGAAAAAUUGUUGGAGUCCAUUGAUGCCCAGGCCAGAAAAGAGUUGAGAUGGCGAGGAAAGAGAAACAGAAGAAAGGGAAAAUUCUCUUAUUCGACAUUAACUUCCAAUAUCCAACAAAAACAUUAAUUAAGUGCAUCCUAAGAAGACAUGCAGUUUCUGUCGCUCUAAACAAAACAAUUCCAAGAUUAUGUACUUAUAAUAUACUCCCUCCGUCCCAUAAAGUGUUACCCAUUUU